UGACCAGCUGUCAUGUUCAAACUAACCUCAGUUUUCUCAUGAGUGCCUCUUUGAAUAACGAAAGGUUUAUUUUCUUCAACAGUUGAGUUUUAAGUUAAAAAAUCAAAAUAUGGAUGUACACGAAGUGUUGCUGAGCACAUGUGAAAACAAUAAACCUUCAGCCAUUAAUUUAUGGGACUACAAAACGACGAAUUCUUUAUUUCAAUAUAGAAAUGGGGGGCCUAUCGGAAGGCAUAUGAUAGCCCAAUUGAAAAAUGAUUACUUGAUUGGUGCACACCCUGAAGAACCCAAGUUAUAUUUGUGGCAACUGAACAGUCAUGACCCUUCGAAGAACAUUCGUCUUAUCUUACCAGAAGUUGCAACAUGUUUGAGUGUAUGCCCUCAUGGAUUGUAUCUUGCCGUAGGAAUCAAGACAAACCUGUACAUUUGGCAUUUACCCUCUGGAAAACUUCUCACGAUACAGAAAAAGAAUGUGCAAAAAAUAACGGUUGUGAAGUUCUCUGCAUGUGGAAGUCUAGUUAUUGUAGGAAGUGAAGAUGGAUCUUUAUCUACAUACAAAUUAGUGCAUCUAGUGAGUUUACAUAAAAAUGAUCUUUCGCAUAGGGAAGUAGGACAAACGGAACCUCUAUAUUCAAGAUCAGAUCAUAAUGGGGCCAUAUUAGAUAUCCAAAUAGGUAGUUUUGCCCUCAGAACUAAGGUGGCAACAUGUUCUUUAGAUCAGACAGUCAAAAUUUAUAAAUUGUCAACAGGAACUUUAAUACAUAAUAUCAUCACAGAACAUCCAGUAUAUUCUUUCAUCGCAGAUUGUAUGUUUCAUAAUGGGUAUAUAGGGUGUUCGAAUGGUGUUCUGCUAACUUUCACUAUACCCACAUCGAAUAACUAUCACUUAACCUCUGAAGAAAUUGAAACCAAGAAUCUGUCGUUAGAAGGUCACACGAAGACAGUGAAAUGUUUAAGUUUGAAUCAAAAGGGCGAUAUUCUAGCUUCAGGUGGAGACGAUGGAACUAUCAUGCUCUGGAAUACUAUCAGUAAAAAACAUGUAUCAUUCAUCAAAUUGAACUCUCCAAUUACAAAUUUGAGAUUCACGGUAAAUCAUCAGAACAUAUGGAGUCAAAAUUUCGAUGUGACCACCGCAGUUGUCGACCUGGAGAUGACUUUCAACUUGAGCAACACCAAUUUUAAAAUAAUGGUGUUGAAUAAUGCCCCUAUUGGAAGUGUAAAGAGGAAAUGGGAGUCGGUGAAAGAGAAGGAAGAAAUAGAAAAGUUGGAGAAAGAAAAUACGAAUUUGAGGGCAACAAAUCAGCAAAUGUAUAAGUUCAUACUAGAUCUUUUAAAAAAUAAAGACGAUAAAAAAUAAA